AUGGAUACCGAAAUGUCAGAUGUCGCCUACGACAUUGAUAUCGAUGUUGGCGCCGACGUUGAGCCAGUUGUGCAGCAGCCGCGGCAGAUAAUCGAGCAAAAUGCCAGCGCAAAAGAUGGGAUACCAGAAGCAUACCUAGAAGACAUCAAGAUUGAGCAGCCAUGGCCCGAAUCUCUCAACCUCCAAGGCGUCAGCGACUUUGACCCCAACGAUCCUCUGUACUAUGCCAUGGAGCACUGCGGUGCGGAGCCACGCGUCAAGCAAUUACGCUGGGUCAGCGACAACUCUGUGAACCUAGAGUUCUAUACCGCUGGCGACGCUGCCCUGGCACUGGGCAUCCUCACACACCCGGAGGUGGGCAAUGUAAACUCUUUAGCUGCGCAGGCACCUAGAAAGGCCAAGCCCUAUUCAAAGAAGCCGGAUAGUGUGUUGACGAUCAGAGAGACCAAUGCGGGGGACCAGAAACCAAAGGGCGCGGCAACGAGGAGUAAUUAUUAUCAGCGCAAUCCUGAUGUGGCUGGAAAUCGGCAGAGGGAACCUAGGCGGAGACCACCACCAAGGAAGGAAUUUCUAGACUACGAUGACCCGGAUGCUGGCUCGAGGAACAGGAGACGGUUCAGUAGUGGAGACGACUCAAUGGAAGACUCUGGCGCUGAUCGAAGACGGCCACGCCGCAACGGCCGCGACUCUCGUGAUAUUCGCGAUAAUCGUGACUCGCACGAAAUGCGAGGUCGUGACCCCCGCGGCCGAAACGGCAGACUCAGCGAGCCUGGUCGUCUCACCAAUAAUGCAGAUGUCGACUCGUACCGCCCCCGUGCACAGUCUCCAGACGAAUCGCGCUUUGGCCGCCUACGGGGUCGCUCUGCCUCCCCCGCCACAGACGAAGAAGGCAACGGCCGUUUCGGCUUCGCAGAAGAAUCCAGUCACACAGUACGGCGCCGGUACCGCAGUAGAAGCCGCAGCCGCACAAACCUGCGACGCCGCCGCGAGCCCAGCGGGGACCGUUGGACCCACGAUCGCGCAAACUACGACCGCACAUCUGGUCCGACGGGCGGAGGACGUUGGCAGAAGGAUUCGAAAUACAUCGAGAGCUCACCUAUGGGCAACCACCGCCGCUCCGACGCCUUUGACGCCUCGCGCGGCGGCGGCGGCAACUCGCUCCUCUCGCGCAUGACCAAAGAUGGCCAACCUGUUGUUCCGCAGGCGAAGCGCUCACUAGUCGAUCGCAUCACACGUGACGACGACGAUGAUUCCGGGUCCAUGUGGGGACGACUCAAGAAUGAUGAUCGAGAUCCCUGGGCCAGCGAGUUCUCGGAACCGGCUCAGCCUGCGAAGAGGGGCCUUGCAGAUCGGAUCACGAGAGAUGAGGGGGAAUUCCGCAUCAGAGGACGGGGAGGGAGUGAGGAGGGGAUUCGUAUCAGGGGAUCGGCGAGUGGCCAUGGUGGUGGCGGGUUCAAUAUCAGGGGUGUGGCGGGUGCUUAG